UUAUUUUUAGUGCCAAAUUAUAACUAGUAAUUUUGUGAUGGUCUACUUAAUGAGAUCAUCUCAAAGAACCAUAUACAAUGUGAAUGUUGAUGCUUUGUAGAACUGAUGCUAAGAAAUUCCGUUGCCGGGACUUGAACCCGGGUCUCUCGGGUGAGAGACGAGUAUCCUAACCACCUAGACUACAACGGAGAUGUUGAUAAAGGGCUCUCUGAAUAUAUGAAAUUCACAUCAACUGAACCUAGAGUGAAGAUAGAAAGGAGAGGAGGGGAAGUGAAGAAGGUGGACUGGUAGAGAGAGACAUCAUUUUCUAUCUCUCUCUGAAAAUGGAAGCAUCGAACGUCUUCUGUUCCCCGAGAGCACCUCUCUUUCAGCAUCACCACCAUUAUCAGCCAUCAAACAGACUUCUUCCUCCUCUUCUUAUUCAUCCUCGCAUCAAAAUCAUUAACAAAAACAGCAAAAAUGGCAAUGCCACGGCGGAUAAUGGCAGCAACAAUAAAAAAAGAGGUACCCAUUUCAUUUGUUUCUCUAGUAGAUGGGCUGAUCGUCUUCUCAGUGAUUUCCAAUAUCCCACCACCACCACCGCACCCGACUCUUCUGAAAACAACACAAACACUCUGACUGCUACUCUCCCUCCUUCACCUUCUCCUGAACGGCACAUAUCACUCCCAAUAGACUUCUAUCAAGUAUUAGGAGCUGAAACUCAUUUCUUAGGAGAUGGGAUUAAAAGAGCUUAUGAUUCUAGGGUUUCUCAACAACCUCAAUAUGGGUUUAGUCAAGAAGCUUUGUUUAGUAGACAUCAAAUAUUACAAGCUGCUUGUGAAACCCUAGCUAAUCCUUAUUCUAGAGGUGAUUAUAACCAGUCACUUAUUCAGGAUGAAGAUUCUACUUUGAUUACUCAAGUUCCUUGGGAUAGUGUACCUGGUGCUUUAUGUGUUUUACAAGAAUCUGGUGAGAAUGAAUUGGUUCUUAAAAUUGGGGAAAAUUUGUUGAAAGAGCGACUCCCUAAGUCAUUUAAACAAGAUGUUGUGUUGGUAAUGGCGCUUGCUUAUGUUGAUAUUUCUAGAGAUGCUAUGGCUUUAUCUCCUCCUGAUUUUAUUCAGAGUUGUGAAGUUCUUGAGAGGGCUUUGAAGCUUUUGCAGGAGGAAGGAGCGAGUAGCCUUGCGCCUGACCUGCAAUCGCAGAUUGAUGAGACACUUGAAGAGAUUACCCCUCGUUGUGUUCUAGAGCUUCUAGCAUUGCCACUAGAUGAAGAGCAUCGAACUAGACGAGAGGAGGGAUUACAUGGUGUCCGCAAUAUCUUAUGGGCUGUUGGAGGAGGUGGUGCCUCUGCAGUUGCUGGAGGAUUCACUCGUGAAGACUUCUUGAAUCAAGCCUUCUCACGCAUGACAGCUGCAGAGCAGGUGGAUCUAUUUGCUGCAACUCCAAGUAAUAUACCAGCAGAGAGUUUCGAAGUUUAUGGGGUCGCACUAGCUCUGGUAGCACAGGCCUUUGUGGGUAAAAAGCCCCACUCAAUCAAAGAUGCUGAUAACCUUUUCCAACAGCUUCAGCAGACCAAGGUUGCCUCUCUUGGUGCUGUCGUUUCUGAUGAUGCCACAAGGGAAGAUCGUGAGGCAGACUUUGCCUUAGAGCGUGGACUCUGUUCUCUGCUUGUCGGGGAACUUGAUGAAUGUCGUUCAUGGUUGGGCUUAGACGAUGUGAAUUCACCGUAUAGAAACCCAUCAAUAGUGGAAUUCGUCCUGGAUAAUUCGAAGGACGAUGAGGACAUAGAUCUCCUUCCUGGGCUUUGCAGACUAUUGGAAACUUGGCUAAUUGAGGUGGUUUUUCCAAGAUUUAGGGAUACCGAAGAUAUACAGUUCAAGCUGGGCGACUACUACGAUGAUCCUACUGUUCUAAAGUAUUUGGAGAGGCUGGAGGGAGUUGGGGGAUCACCGUUAGCUGCUGCAGCUGCCAUAGUGAGAAUUGGGGCUGAGGCUACGGCAGUGCUUGAUAACGUAAAGACCACGGCAAUUAACGCAUUACAAAAGGUGUUUCCUCUAGAUAACAAAGAGGUGAGUAUAAAGCGAAAUGAACAUGGCAAUAGCAGUAGUUUCUUUUCUGCUACAGAAAGCGAGGGUCCUUCAGGGAUGAAUAAAUUUGAUUAUUCUGGUGUUUCAACUGAGGUAUCUGGGUCAAUUAGUCCCAAUGAAUUCAGAGAUGAACAACCAAUAACAGAGAAAACAAAAGAUGCAAGUCUGAAGAUCACAUGUGCUGGUGUAGUUAUUGGAUUACUAACUUUGGGAGGCUUGAAGUGUUUACCGCCUAGAAAUGGAUUAUCUGCUUCUCGAAAGGAAGUAGGAUCAGCCAUAGCUUCUGAUGUUAUCUACAUGGAUGAAAAACUUGCCGAGGAAAUACCAAGAAUGGAUGCAAGAUUAGCAGAAAAUCUAGUCCGUAAGUGGCAGAACAUCAAGUCUCAGGCCCUUGGACCUGAGCAUAAUCUCGCAGAACUGCCAGAGGUUUUGGAGGGUCAGAUGCUGAAGAUAUGGAGUGAUCGUGCAUCAGAGAUAGCACAGCAUGGUUGGUUUUGGGAGUACACCCUUUUGGGCCUGACAAUUGACAGUGUGACAGUCUCACUGGAUGGGCGAAGAGCCAUGGUUGAGGCAACCCUCCAGGAGGAAGCUCAGCUCUUAGAUGUUGCACACCCUGAGCACGAUGACUCUUACAGCACAACCUAUAGCACGAGAUAUGAGAUGUGUUGUACCAAAUCAGGAUGGAAGAUCAUAGAAGGUGCUGUCCUCAAGUCAUAACUGGAUUCUUACGAUUUUGAUGUUCUGAGGAGGGUUCCCUCACUGUAAAUUCUACGUUUCUCGGUUAUGUUCAUCACUAUUUUCUGUUUUGUUACUUUGUUGGUAAUCUUGUAAAGGACAGGCGUAAAAGGAUAGAGAAAUGAAAAAUCAUAAAAGGCCAGGAAAUGAGAGAGUAGACCAUUUAACCAAGAAGAAUAACCAUUGAAUCAGUGAUUAUCCCA